UUUCUGGCAUCAAUAUACAAGUAGUGGCUCAGCUGAAUGCCUCUCUAAUUCUUUUUGCCAGGCCAUCUCGUUCUGUGGUACUUCCUCACUAUGCGUUUGCUUUUUUUCUUCCUUCCACUUCUUCCAUUAGCUAUUUCUGUUCAUUUCAAUAUACCUCGCUUUGGUCCUGAGGUAAACAUCGUUCUUUAUCACGGUGAUGCUGCGCCUUCAUCUGGUGGCGUCGUUGAAUUAAUCAGCAAGUACGACUAUACAUGCCGUGUUGGUUGGGCCGUCUAUGCUGAAAGGAUCAUGCUAUGGGACUCAACCACAGGGAAACUUUCUGAUUUCACGUCCCAUUUCUCUUUCAACAUUGACACCCGAGGAGCUUCUAAAUAUGGCCAUGGGCUUGCAUUCUUCCUUGGUCCGGUUGGAUUUGAAAUCCCACCGAAUUCUGCCAGUGGCUUUUUGGGCUUGUUUAACACCUCAACUAUGGAUUCGUCUCAGAACCAAAUCAUUAUGGUGGAGUUCGAUUCAUUUCCAAAUGAAGAAUGGGAUCCCAAGCCUCUGGUUGAGCAUGUAGGGAUCAACAACAACUCUCUUGCUUCAGCAGUGCAUACUGCCUGGAACGCAAGCUUUCACAGUGGAGAUACCGCUGAUGUAUGGGUUACUUACAAUGCAAAAACUAAAAAUUUGAGCGUAUUUUGGACUUAUAAGAAAACCUCCAAUCCUCAAGAGAAUACUAGUUUGUUUUACAUAAUUGAUCUGAAGGAGGUUUUGCCGGAAUGGGUUACUAUUGGGUUUUCAGCUGCUACAGGUCAAUACGGAGAACGACUCCAACUUCAAUCCUGGGAAUUCAAUUCUAGUUUGAAUUUCCAGGGAAAAAAUGGAAACAGUUCAAAGAGGACCAGAAUAAUAGUUGGUGUUGGAGUUUCAGUAUGUGUUCUAGCAGGUGGGACGAUCGUAGGAAUUUUGAUUUCUUUCAGGAGGAGGAAGAAACAGAUGAUGGCAAGGAAAAAGGGGGAGGAAAGGAACUUGACGUCAGUCAAUGAAGACCUUGAAAGAAGAGCUGGACCUAGAAGGUUUUCUUAUGAAGAUCUCGUUUCAGCUACCAAUAACUUCUCGGAAGAAAGGAUGCUGGGGAAAGGAGGGUUUGGUGCUGUUUACAAGGGAUACUUAAUUGAUAUGGACUUGGCAAUUGCUGUGAAGAAAAUUUCAAGAGGAUCUAGACAAGGUAAAAAGGAGUAUAUUACUGAGGUGAAAACCAUUGGCCAAUUGAGACACCGGAAUCUGGUUCAACUCUUGGGUUGGUGCCAUGAUAAAGGUGAGUUUCUACUUGUUUAUGAAUUCAUGCCAAAUGGUAGUCUAGAUGCUCAUCUCUUUGGCAAGAGGGCUCCUCUUAAAUGGCCUGUGAGAUACAAGAUAUCUCUUGGCUUGGCCUCAGCAUUGCUCUAUCUUCAUGAAGAGUGGGAGCAGUGUGUGGUACACCGAGAUGUCAAAUCCAGCAAUGUAAUGCUAGACUCUAAUUUUAAUGCCAAGCUGGGUGACUUUGGGUUAGCUCGGCUCACAGACCAUGAAAUUGGUCCCCAAACAACAGGAUUAGCAGGAACUCUAGGUUACUUAGCUCCAGAAUAUAUAAGCACAAGAAGAGCUAGCAAGGAAUCUGAUGUGUACAGCUUUGGAGUGGUUGCGUUAGAGAUUGCCAGUGGAAGAAGGGCAAUUGAUCAUAUUGAACAAGAGAACGAAAUGAAUUUGGUAGAGUGGAUUUGGGAACUUUAUGGACAUGGGAAGCUUCAUUUGGCUGCUGACAAGAAACUUCACAUGGAUUAUGAAGAGAAACAGGUGGAGUGUUUGAUAAUUGUUGGAUUAUGGUGUGCUCACCCUGAUCACAAUUUAAGGCCAUCAAUGAGACAAGCAAUUCAAGUUUUAAAUUUCGAGGCUCCACUCCCAAAUCUACCUGCUAAAAUGCCUGUGCCCAUGUUUCGUGCACCGUCCCCAUCUGUGAGCUCAGGUGAACCCUUCCUAACUAAUUCCAGCCUAGGAUUGGGUCGUUGAACAUUCAUGGCUUCUGUAGUGUCUCUAGUAAACCAAAUCAAUUAAACAUGUUUCAGUUUCUCAGGUUGUUGCUACAACCCCAGUUUGUCCUUCGCAGCGUUCCUGUCAUAGAUAGAAGAGAAUAAUAGAGCAAUUAAUGUUUCCAAUAAUUUCAGAUGUCAUCAUGUAAAGCCUUCAACA